AUGAUCUAAUGUUAGCAAAAUUUAGUUUCUCCAAAUAUUAUAGCCCUAAAUUAAAAUUUAGAUUAAAAUUAUCCAUUUAAUUCUAUAUAAACAAUUGACUAAUUUGCUUUAGAUAACUACCUUAAUCCAAAAAACAUUAAUCACUUUCAAACAAAUUUGAAGUUUGAUCAAUAUAUAUAAAAACCUAAUAAAAUUGUAAGCAAUCCACGAAAAAUGAGCUAUCUAAGCUAAACAAAUAUUAUUAAAUCUUUCAAAGAAAAAAUGAAAUCUUAUGAAUAGAUCUUGGAAAAGAAAUCUUUUUUAUAAGCUAAAACCCUAAAAGAUAAAGAAAAAUAAUUCAGCAACAAAAAAAUUCUAUCUCUUUAAAAACUACAAGAAACAAGCCUAUAGUCCUAGAAUUCAGAAAAUUCCUACAAAAAAGAGAUGAUCUAUAUGAUUAAAAGACCUUCAAAAUUAAUUGGUUUGUAAUUAAUAAAGUACUCUGGUAUUUUAGCUUUAGUAUCUAUGAUUGGCAUGAAUAUAAUUCACUUUAUUUAAACAAACAAUAAUUUAUUGCAACAAAGAGAAGAAUAUCAAAAUUUUGAUUGGAGCUUUAACAUAAAAAAGUCCUAAUAAUUGAUAUUACAGUAUUAAUCGAUAUUACAAUUAUAUUAAGAUAGCGUUUUUGAUGGUUAAGAAAGCAACACAGGUAGAGAUUUAAAUAAUGAUAUAUUCUCAAGCUAAAUUUAAAUUUAUAACAAUUACAAAAACCUAAUUAUUUAAACUUACUAAGCAAACUUUACUUUUACAAAUUCGAUUUAUUCAGAAGUUGAGCAUUAAUAUUUAAAUUUUACUUUUGUAUAUACAUUUAGAAAAAACUAAGUUAGCUACUAGAGCUUUUAGUAUAUUUUAAAAAUCUUAUUAGCCUUUUAGUACAAAGUAGCUUAUCAAUUAGAUUAUAACUUUAAAGAUGAGUUUUAAAUUCUUUUUAAUUACCAAUAAGUAAUAGAUUAAUUUGAUUAAAUAGAUUUAAAUGCAAUGAUUUCAAUUAAAUCUAAAUAUUAAGAUAUCAAAUAAUAGGCUAAUGUAUAUUUAGCUUUGAAUAUUUUUUUUUCAGUUGUUUUUUCUUUGAGCUUUAUACCAAUCUUUAUUUACAUUCAAAGACUAAGACAAAGAAUUUUAGCUCUUAUGGCUACUUUUACUCCUGAAAAACUUUAAAAAAUGUUGAAAUCUGUUAGUGAUUCUUAGGAUACUAUAAAGAAAGAGCUUUUGAGGGAGCAAUAAGGCAUACUAAGCCAAUAAUAUAAUGAAGGCUAUUUAAAUUUAGACAGUUAAAAAGAUAGAAUAAAAUCUUCUUUUGCUUCUUCAAGUUGUAUUCAAACUAUCUAAAAAAAUAAAAGUUUGAGUUCUACAUCAAAGUUGAAUUUGUUCAGCUUUAAAAUAUGCUUUUUUGCAUUUACUUAUUUAUUGUGUAAUGUAAUCUAUUCAGCUACAAUAGGUAUUUAUUAAAGCUAUUUCUUAGAAGCAAUUGAGAAGAAUAUUGAAUUCUAAAGUAAUUUUUUUUAAUAAAAUAAAAUUUAUUUUUAAAUAUUUUUACAAAUGUUAAUCUUAAAAUUUACAUUUAAUAUAAUUAGCAUAAAUAAAGAGUAUAGCUGA